CUGUUGGGAACCGUACCUUUUAACCGCGGAACAAAAUCGCGUCUAAACCCAGAUGAAAACGGCGUAAAACUGCCGAUUUACAACUGAAAACUACGCCGCACCGCCAACCGCCUCUCCUUCUCCGAUUAAAGCACCCGAAUUAAACCCUAGAUUAACCAACUCCAAGUAGUUUGUUGCCAUCCCUUUCGAAAAUUAGGUCUAUUUCUUUAAUUUCGAGGCACGCAAUCAGGGUUUGAAAACCCUAGACUUUUACAUUUCUCACAUUUUGAAGAAAUAGUUCAGACCUCCCUAGUUUUGAAUCCAUACUGUGGUAAAGUUCUCAAAUAAAAGCUUCACAUGGCGAUUAUAGGCGACGCGCUGCGCCAAGCGUUCAUGCCAAAGCAAGAGUACGAGAGCUUAAGGGAGGAAGACAAAGCUUGGACGAAGCUACAAAGACCGAUCUUAAUAGGUUUCAUAGGGAUCAUUUGCAUUGCGAUCUUUGUUUGCACGGUUAUAAGCUUGAAGAUUGUGUUUCCAGGAGAUGUAUUGAAGCGACCGUUCUGCGACGACCGGAGAUUGCAGCCUUUGCCGUUGAAUGCGAAAGGAGGAGGCGUUGGCGAUUCAGAUCUAUAUCCCGGAGCAUUUUAUUUGACUGAUCAAGAGACCGUGGAUUACUAUUGGAUGGUUGUGUUUAUUCCAUCCAUGGUCAUUUUUUUGGCUUCAGCUGCUUAUCUUGUGGCAGGAAUUACCGUUGCUUAUUCUGCUCCAACUAGAAAUGGAUGUUUAAAGGUGGUCGAGAAUAAUUACUGCACUUCAAAAAGAGGUGGAGUUCGGUGCUUGUCCAUUUUGAAUGUGGUCUUUGCUAUCAUCUUUGGUCUUCUUGCUUUGUUUCUGGGUUCAAGUCUCCUCACGUUAGGAAGCAGCUGCUCUUUGCCCUUGUUUUGGUGCUAUGAGAUCGCUUCUUGGGGGCUGGUGAUUCUAUAUGGAGGAACUGCAUUCUUCCUAAGAAGGAAAGCAGCCGUAGUUCUUGACGAAGUAGAAUCCGGUAGUCGAACCCUUGGUUUAGAAAUGCUGGAGACUAACCCCUUGGAAGUCACCCCAGAUGUCGAAAGGCGUGUUAACGAAGGCUUCAAAACAUGGAUGGGAUCAUCCCUUCUAUCAUCUGAUGAAGAAGACGACACCGAGAGUUAUCACGAAGUACCUCAUAUGACACGUACAAGUUCCAACAGGCAGAGAGUGUGACCCUGUACCAAGUCACCGGUGUUACCGAGAAUUUUCAAUACUUGACUGUCAGUAGGAAGAUGGCUCAAUACUGAAGCUCGAGCUUAAGAGCCACUCAACCAAAUACCAAUAGCUCGAAGAGCUUUUAUAGUGACAAUCGUGAUGUCCGGUUGAUCGUUCCUUCCGCCCUUUUAUGGUAGUGACUUUGAACCCUAGUCAGGAAAGAGCCUUUUUUAACUACACUCGCUUUGUAUAGCUUGUUUACUUGCGGACUGGGUCAUCAUAACUUCAAAUUUCAGUGGCAGAAAACCAUUCAAAGUUGUUC